GUCUCCCUUGCAAAAGUGUUUACGGAAUCUCUCGUAUUUCUUGCUCGCGGUUCAUGUAUCGUCCGAGAGCUACGAACAAAAGGGGAGGAAGAUGGCGGCUGCUACUGGUAGAGUCGAUGAAAUGGUCAAAGACUAUUUGCUGUAUCGAGGUUUUACGAGCGCUCACAGGGCAUUUGAAGCGGAAUUGAAAAAUGAAAAAGAGAGAGGUUUAAGGGCUGACAGGCUAGUUGAACAGCUUUAUAGCUACAUAGUAACCUAUGAUCUUGCAUCAUUACGUGAAUUUUGGAACAACCUGAAUCAUCGCCUUUUCUCACGACUGGAGCAGCGAUAUAUGCCAAGCGUUCGUAAACUGGAGGUUGGACUCCUGAAAUUCUACAUAGUGUAUGCAUCACAAAAUAACCAUCAGGACAAAGUCAGGGAAUUCUUUGAAAAAAUGACGCCAGAAAUCCAGAAUCAGCCAGAAUUUAAAGAUUGGUUUUCUUUCCCGUUCAUCAAGUCCCCUGAGGAGAAUACAACAUUUGUGAUGUACUUUACAAAGCACUGGCAGGACACCUACUUCCUAUCUCUACACAACUUCCUGAGUGUCAUCAUUCAGGCCAUGCCUGCUCCUACCCUUCUAAACUUUGACAUUGAGCACAAAAGGAUGAAAAACCUACAAGAGGAGAAUGAGAUGAUGAAACAAAGGCUUCUUGGAUCUAACCACAAACCGGAGACUGAAAGCCAACUAAGAAAUCAACCACCAAAUGAGCCCAUUAGCAGGGGAGCUAACUCUAUGGAUCUGAUCUAUGACUUUUCAGCAUUGGCAGAUGAAAGUUUUGAACAAGAAAAACAACAAAAGACAACUCGAAGAUUUCCUAUCAAUUUUUCUACACCACCUCUCCUGGGUAAAAAAUCAACCAAUCGAAGUGGGGGAAACAAUAAUUCUAAGAAAACUGACCAAUCAGCAUCCAAGACAGUAUCUAAGCCGACUACAAAGGCAAAAGUCUCAAGCAAGCCUGUUAACAUUCAGACCAAGCAGUUAAAACCUUCCCAAGUCCAGGUAGGGUUGACCCCUCCACAGGGCCAGUCACGAGGAGGAAAUGGGGGCCCUGAUCAGAUGAAGUAUUCAGGAGAACAUGGUGACCGCAAUGUACAAAGGUCUCCAGCCAAGGCCACCAUGGUUGAUUCAGAGGAACCCCAGGGGAGUCCAGGCCUGGCAGUAAGUGUACGACAGAAAGCUAUUGACCAGCACAUGAAUGAAAGGGGACAACUCCUGGGUAACCCUGAUCUAAAAACUGAGAAGAGACAAAGUGAGGGAGAUAUUAGUCCAGUGAAGCGAGGUUUGAUGGGGAAAUCCACGCCUCCUGUCACCAGAGCCCAAUCAGCUGGAACCACAGACACACCCACCGUCACACCCCUUAAUACAACUAGAUCUGUGAGUGUCGUGGAGACGUCCAAAACCAUUGGCUUUCCUAAACAGGUGGAGAUGAUCCAGUUUCCUUCUGAAUCAAAAUCACCUCCAACAGGUGCAGAAUCCUGUCCAUUUCUACUGCUAAGUCAAGAAGAAUAUUGUGAACACAGAGCAGCACUAUCAUAUUGUCGAUUCUCAAAUACCGGUCAGUAUGUUGCCAGUGUAGAUGUGGAUGGAGUGGUCAAGGUUUGGACAUGGAGUCCCCAGCCUACCACCGCCGCUACCGUCAUGUCCAAGUCUGCGUUCCUGUCCCUGGACUGGGCCAGCAAGUCUGACAGAUGGUUAUUAUUGGGGAACAGAUCUGGAAACAUUCGACUUUUCGACGUCAAAGAAAUGAAGUCCUUCUAUGAAGCAACAGCUGAUGCUAGCUAUCCCAGGGUUAUCAACCUGUGUACCAGUCCAGCGGGUGGAUCCUUCGUGUGUUCAGCCUCAGUCAAUAGGGCUCGGUCAGGAUCCUCAAGUGGGGAAGGCAGCCCAGCCUCAUCUAUCAGCAAGGUCGGAAAGCUGACUCUGUGGGAUCUACGUACCAUGAAAGUCAAUAAACAGCUGCCCAUUGACCCUGGUCCUAUGGCCAUCAACUGUUGUUCAUUCAAUCAUAAUGGUCAGCUUCUUUUGACCGGGGCUGCUGAUGGUGUUAUUAGAAUGUACGACAUUCAGCAGUGCCGUUGCAUCUCACAAUGGGAUGCCCAUAGUGGGGAAGUGCAGAGUCUACAGUUCUCCAACGAUGAGACAACAUGUUACAGUAUGGGAUCAGACUCAAAGUUCCUGCAGUGGAGUGUUCACAAGCCCGGAGUCCAACAACAGGAACUGCCUAUCCAUCCAGGAGCCUCUCUUCCAUUCCUUGCCAGUGGACUCUCCGGAGGAAAGGAGAUCCCUAAGGGGAGACUAUUCGCGUUUGACGGGGAGGGCCAGUAUAUAUUGACUUGUGACAAAAACAAGGGCCUUAUUUACAAGGUAAAUGGUGGAUUGUCUAAAACAUUGGAUCUGAGUGGACACAAGUCUAACUUGACCACUGUCGACUGGUCACCUAGUAUCGAUACUCGGGUCUGUCUGACUGGAGCUAUGGAUGGAAAGGUCAACAUAUAUACGCUGCUUUCGCAAUAAAAUAAUCAUGUCCAAUUGUUACUGGCAUAUUCUUGUUAGGAAAGAUCAAAGUGUCUGGGCGUUGUACAAUAAAUGCUAAGUUCAGCUUGUAAGGCCAUUGUAACCUGGAAAGGUCAAGGUCAUCUGGAAAAUUCAUCUAGAAAGUUCACCUAGAAAGGUCAAGGUCAUGAAAGGCAAUAAUAAUUAGGGCACUCUUGUGUCAGGGUCAUCACUAUCUGGAUCACAUGUCUUUCUAUUUCAGGUCAAAUGUAUCAUAUUGUUGUACUUUCCCAUUUAUUAAUUAGCCAUGUAGUACCACUCUCAUGUGUUAGUUUAUAUUUCUGAACAUAUCACAAUACUGGUUAUACAAAACUUAUAUAUAAAACUAAUUGUAUAACCAGUUUAUAUAAACUAUAAUAUUAUAUGUACUUCUAUGUUGUGGUAAAAAUGGUAAUAUGUCACCAGAUAUGUUUGGG